UCUACUUUCCUGGUUGCUGCAAUGGCGGACGUGUCAGAGAGGACGCUGCAGGUGUCCGUGCUAGUGGCUUUCGCCUCUGGAGUGGUCCUCGGCUGGCAGGCGAAUCGGCUGCGGAGGCGUUACCUGGACUGGAGGAAGCGGAGGCUGCAAGACAAGCUGGCGACAACUCAGAAGAAGCUGGACCUGGCCUGAGCGCGCGCGGCGGCCCAAGCCCUCCGAGUCCUCACUCCCCAAGUCCCACGCGGCCCGGAUCCGCUUGUCGAAGAUGGAUACAAAGCACUGGAAAGAAAGCAUUUCUUCUUGCACUUUAUGAAUCUAUUUUUAAAAUAAAAAGAUUAAACAACCUUGAA